ACUUUAAUUGUUAUAGGUUUUUAUAAAUAUUUAUUUAAUGAUAAACUGAAUUGUUUUUGCGCAAGGUUGAAAAUGUUUUAUUUCAGUGCUAAUGAAAAAAAAUUAUAAAAAAAAACAUGUUUAUUAAUGUCUACCAGUGUUAAUUGUUUUUGUAAAUGUUUUUGAAAUAUUAUCAGAAAUGCAGUCUGAGGAUGCCAGAUAUUUAAAAAGGAAAAUCCGAUCAAGAUCCAUUGAUGUUCAUCCAACAGAGAAAGCUUUGGUGGUAAAUUAUGAACUAGAAGCAUUUAUUCUAGGAGAUUUAGGAGAUCCUCUACUGGGGGACAAGAAGGAGCUACAAAAGAUAAUAAGGCUGAAGAGCUUGAAUGAGGACACGGACUGUGCAGCCUUCGCCAAGGAGGUGGUGGAGAAGUGUACUCUCAUACACCCUUCCAAGCUUGAAGAGGUCGAGCAACUCAUCUACUACCUUCAGAAACGCAAGGAUGCUUCGCUCUCUACCUCCGGCAGCACGUCCGCGGGGGAGGAGGCCUCGGGCUCGGGCAACGAGAGCCCCGGCUCGGCCAGCCUCGCGGAGGCCGCCAGCAUCAACCGCGUGGACAGCUACGUGGAGCUGCUGUACGAGGGCACGGCCGACAAGGUGCGGGGCUCCGCGCUGCUCCUGCAGCUGGCCCGCAACCCGGACAACCUGGACGAGCUGGGGGCCAACGAGUCCGUGUUGAGUGCGCUCUCCCGCGUUCUGCGAGAGGACUGGAAGAAGAGCGUCGAGCUGAGCACGAACAUUGUUUACAUUUUCUUUUGCUUCUCCACGUACAGCCAGUUCCAUCACGUCAUCCUCCAGUACAAGAUCGGGUCCCUGUGCAUGGAAGUGAUCGAUCACGAGCUGAAGAAGUUUGACCAGUGGAAGGGUGACCUGGACCUCCGGCAGCGCAGGCUGGACGAGAGCUGCCCGGAGCAGGGUCCCGCUGCCCCCGAGAGCGCGGGUGAGCCCCGCAAGAGGGCGUCCGACGGCUCUGUGUCGCACAUCCCAGUGGCCGCAGCGCCCAAGAGAAAGCAGGGCGACGCGCGCUGCUCGAACGAGGCGACGGACGACGCACGUAGAACUAGAGAGGAGCUGGACAAGGGGAGGAAGAAGCUCCUCAGUUAUGUCAAGAAGCAGGAUCAACUACUGCGAGUGUCAUUCUACCUGCUACUGAACAUUGCAGAAGACACCAAGGUAGAGGAUAAAAUGUGCAGGAAGAAUAUAGUGGGCUUGUUGACCAUGACGCUGGACCGUGAUAAUGUAGACCUUAUAAUACUCAUUCUAACCUUCUUAAAGAAGCUGUCUGUAUUCAGGGAAAAUGUGAAUGAAAUGGCGAGGCUCAACGUGGUGGAGAAGAUGCCCAGGAUCUUGAAGAUGAACCACUCGGACCUGAUCCACAUUGCCUUGAGGCUGUUGCUGAACCUGUCCUUCGACACUCAGCUGCGGGACCGGAUGGUGCGGGUCGGCCUGCUCAACAAGCUGGUCGGCUUCCUGGGUGAUGAGAAACAUGAAACAAUUGUUCUGAAGAUAUUGUACCACAUGAGCAUGGAUGACAGAUGUAAAUCUAUGUUCUCGUAUACAGACUGCGUUCCAGUGGCGAUGCGCAUGCUGCUGAAGUGCCCCGAGGACGAGGUGAACCUGGAGCUUCUGGCGCUGUGCAUCAACCUGGCCGUGAACAAGCGCAACGCACAGAUGAUGAUGGAGAACAGCCAGCUUCGCGGCCUCAUGGAGCGUGCCUUCCGCAACCAGGACUCCCUCAUCAUGAAGAUGAUACGCAACGUGGCGCAGCACGACUGCACCAAGAACAGCUUCGUGGAGUUUGUAGGGGACAUAGCGAAGGCUAUCGUCGACUGUGAGAGCGAAGACUUUGUAGUGGAGUGUCUGGGCGUGUUGGGCAACAUGACGCUCCCGGAACUCGACUUCUCGCAGUUGUUCCAGCGGUUCAACCUCGUGUCCUGGGUUCUCAACGCGCUUGUGCCAGGCAAAUACGAGGAUGACAUCUUACUGGAAGUGGUAGUCUUGUUGGGGACUGCUGCGUUAGAUGAAGGCUGUGUGUCUCUCCUCUGCAAGGCGGAUGUUCUCUUGUCGCUCAUCGAAUUGCUCAAAGCCAAACAGGAAGACGAUGAAAUGGUGCUACAGAUUAUUUAUGUUUUCUAUGCUGUUUCUCGUCACAUUUCUACACGUGACUACAUUAUUAAAGAGACUGAGGUGCCUGCUUACCUUAUUGACUUGAUGCACGACAAGAAUCUUCAAAUUCGUAAAGUGUGCAACUUGUGCCUGGACAUUAUAGCUGAGUGGAACAAGGAGUGGUCGGAGCGCAUCAAGCUGGAGAAGUUCCGCUGGCACAACUCGCAGUGGCUGGAGAUGGUCGAGGGCAGCGCAGCCGACCCCGUGGCCUUCGAUCACGCGGGCAGCCCCGAUCGCGAGGGGCCUCCCUAUCCGGACGAUGACAUCGUGCAGCGCACCCUCCUCUUCUCUGCGGGUUCACAUCUGGCCUUGAAUGAAUCAGAAGACUCAUUGAUGAACAACAAAGAUAACCUUACUGAGCCAAGGAGCAGGUACAGCAGCGACCUGGAGGGCCGGCGAGGCCUGUCUCCCAGCAGCAACAGCAGCAGCAGCAGCAGCGAGGACCUGGCGCGCAGUGGCCUCGGCAACCUGAGACUACGGCCCGUCUCCGCCGCACAGUUUAUGAAUUUCAAGCAGUCGCAGAUGUCUUAGUGGCAGGACGUUGGCAUGCAGGAGGCAAACUUGAAGCAUUUCUAAGUACUGUACGUGUCUUGUUAAAACUGCUAUAUGAAGUGUUGUACAAAUGAUGUGGCUUUUAUUUAUCCCAAUUAAUAAAUACCUUACACUGUACAUGCUUUCUGUUGCUCAAAGUGUUUGUUAAAAUUAAUGUAUUGUAACUAGGCCUUUGCGAAUUUUUGAAUAUAAAUAACUUGAUAUUUGUAUUCAAUUCGAAUUUGAAUAUUAACACUUUGAAAUUUGCUUACGAAUAUUUGACACUGUGUGUUUGUCGUAUAUCAGUGUUCACUGUUGAGCUUAAGUCUUUUAUGCAAUAUAAAGACCCUUUUUUAUGUUCUAAUGGGACUUCAUAGUUAAAAACAUUAACAAUAAGCAAUGUUUUAAACAUAACAAUCAUUCAAAAAAAAAAUUUUCACUUUUGUCUCACAAAACAGUAAUGGAAAAAUUGUAUGAACAAUGUUAAACACUGCAUAUUUGUAACAUUUCAAACUUGAAAACGAAAUAUUAUUCGGUUUCGAUUCCUCACAAGGUACCAGUAGUGGAAAUAAAUAAAUAAACAUCAACAACCUUGUACUGCAUCAUCACAAAACACGGGACACUCCAUUGUGAUGACCAUUAAAAGAAGUGAACACCAAAGUUUCAACGGCAUACAAAUUGAUAGUCAUAAUAGAUCUAACAAAAUGUGACACAAUAGAAGCUUAUUUGCUGUAUGUAUCUAUGGCGAAAUAGACUUUGUAACUUAAAAGAAAAAAAUUUGUAGAAACUGUGUUUAUAACAUUGCUGAACUAAAAUGCAGUUAUCUGGCUGCCAUUAACAAUGAAAAUGUGUGAAUAACUAGGGUGUAAAUAUGUAAAUAUGAGUUCAUUUAAUCUCUAAUUUGGAAACAUUAAAAAAUCAUGUUUUUCAUGAAAUGGAUUGGCUUUCUUGGUACCUAUUUUGCACUUCACGAAAUUUUUUGGAUCAUUAUGUAGAGUAACAAGUUCUGGAAAAUAAGGUGAAUAGGAAAUGAAAUGAAAUAUUGGUUGGUCAGGUUAAAGUUAGGUUUGUUGCAUUAUUAAAAACACAAUAUUAUUAUUUCAAAAUUUAAAUAUUUUACAAAAAUUUAUGUACAAUUAUUGUAGCUUCUUAAACAAACCAACUUUUCACUUUAGAAUUAUUUGUCUAAUUUCCUAUUUGAUUCAAACUAAAAAACUGAUAUUCACACAGGCCUAAUUGUAACACAGAGGGACAUAAUGUUUUGUCCAAAUUGUCUUUGUAAAUUAUUGAUAAUUUACUAAGACGAUUUGGACAAAAUAUCACGUCUCUUGUGUUAGUACAACUAUCCUAGUUAACAUAUAAUCAUAGAAGUGAAAAUACCUUUUCUUAAUAUUUUUCACAGCUUAAAGUAUCCAUGGAACCAUCUCAUCAAUAUUUCUAGAGGGUCGAUAACUAUGUACAUUAAAAAUAAUGGACAGGUGCUUGUAGCUGAAGCUUUCUAAAAGUUACCUGCUAAUAUGAUGAUUUGCCAACAGUGUCUUUUACAUUAUAUAUUUAUUACAUUUUUUUCAUUAGAUUUUUGUGAAUAAUCAUGGUACAGUAGAGUUUUGAUUAACCAAGUUGAUGUAUUCCGCACCAACCUUGAUAAAAUCACAGAUAACAUGGAUGUAAUAAUAAAUUGGGUUGGUUUUCAGUUUGCCCAUUGUUAUCAAAUUUUGGGGUGAUGUUUUUCCAACUUUUCUUCAGUGUAGAAAAGUCACUCCAUGAUUUGCUCAACCAGUGACUGGCAUCUUUGAGGUUAAUUUUUUUAAAGUUUUUUACAACAGUUAUAUAAUUUUCUAGGUUGUCAAGCUAUUGUUGAAGCUCGGUUAAUCAAGACACUACUUACAGCCACACAAUGCUUUUCGUAGUUGCAAAAUAAUGAUUUGCAUGUACAUCGUAUACAAACUGACCACAAUUUAAAAUA